UGUGUUUAUAACUUUUUGUUCUUUUCAAGUGAGUUAUACUUAUUUUGUAAGGAAAUAAUACCGUUACCAAAUUAAUAAGGGAAACGAAAUGAUUUUAUUAUUUUUUUUCAUUGUAUUUCUGAAUAGUUUAUUAGUCAAAGCCGGCAGAGACUCAAACUACCGAAAUGAAAAUCUAGAAAAACGUGCCGAAAUUCAUCAAGACAAGAUCAGAGGAACAAAGGCAGAACAUAUUCUUAAAGAAAAGUUGUACAAUGGUGCAUUAACAAAGGAAUCUAUUCAAGAAUUAAAACACGUUUCGGAAGUUGUAAUCAAACACAUUAUAGAUGACAAAUACUUUGAUGGGUUUUUAAAACAAACAUUUUCUACGCUUGAACAAUAUGCAGUUGAUCAAAUUAACAACAGGCUAGUUAAGCUUCAGGAAUUAUACAAAAAUUGGGAGGCUUCACAAUUCGAUGACCCACGUCUAAAAGAAGAGGUGCGACAAUAUUUGGAAAAGAGAAAAGCAACUAUCCAAAGAAAAGAAAAUGAAAAAGACUAUCAUAAGAAAAUGGAAAAAGAUAAAUAGAUGCUUACAGCUAAAUAGAAAUGCAGCAAGUCUAAAUUAUGGUGACGUAGAAUAGUUAUAUUAGUUUAAGCAUACUUGGAUAUAUUGUUUUUUUGUUCAAUAAUUUGUUAAAAGUUUACAACACUUUAUUAUUCUACUUCUAUAUGCACAAGUAAAUACAAAUAUUUAUUUACCAUAUCUCUGGUAUUCAAGUGUUUUCCGCUGCCUGAUAAUAAAUAGUAACCAACACACUCAUAAAACAACUAUUGAAAAAAGAAGCUACCAGCUCGUUGCAAUUGUGGUAUUCAAUGAUAAUUUGUUGUCGAUUUUAUUCAUUUAUCGUAA